CAUACAAUAAAUUAAAGCCUUAAGUUAAAAAAUCACACUAAAAAAAAAAUAGUUCAAAAAUUUAAUCAAAAAUUGUUAAUGCAAUGCCGAAAAUAGACAAGUCAAAAAUAUUCAAUUGAAUUAAAAAAAAAAAUUCAAACAAAAAUCAAACUUUUCUAUUAACUCCAAAUAUUCCAAACAGGUUAUAAUUUUAUCUUCAUACUGUUUUUCCUUUGGCAUAUUUUGUAAUGAAAAAAAAUUAUUAUUCAAAAAAAGUAUGAAAUAGACGAAAUUAUUACACACGAAAAUAUUCCACGCAGUGAUAAAACGAGUACGCACUAAAAUAUGACGGACACGGGACAACUGAAGUUCACUUCGAUAGGUUUCGACACUUCUUAUACAGUUAUACCAUUGAUUAUACAUAGUACUAUUAUACAUUAUAGUAUUAUACUAUGUAUAAUCAAUGGUUAUACGCAUUUCAGUUUUAUCGGUGUAUCGGUCAGAUAGUAAAUUACCUAACCGAUAAUGAAAAUAUUUUGUUUUCUUAAUUUUUCUAAUAAUAUUAGAUUAAAGUAGGUAAAUAAAAGUUAAAACAAAUUUUGGCCAAAUCUAUUUUAUUAUACAGUGUAGCAAAAAAAAAAAACAUGCAAAUACAUUAGAUUCACAGCCUUGUUCAAAAUAUAUAUUAAUAUAAUAUCACUAGAGAUUAAUGUUGUAGCCGUUGCAAGCCAAAUAAAUAGGUACCUACGCCAGUAAGUUGCCCAGUCGUAUGAGAGAAACUGAUAAUAAUUAAUAAUAUAUUAUGACAAGUGAAAAAACUACAUCACUGUAGAUUUUUCCAUCCUCCCACCCGGCCACGUUAACAGUAAUAGAUGGUUCAGCUUUAUGCAAACAACUAACUACAAACAGACGAAAUCCACUUAGAUUUUCAUUUCGAUCGUUAUUCGCUGUAUGGUACCUACCUACUGCAAGUUUGUUAUUUUCAAUAAAAUUGUCCGUUUGACUUCGAAAAUGCUAUUCUACUCAUUUUUUAAAACACUUGUGGGGCAUGAAAUUAUAGUUGAACUUAAGAAUGACAUCUGUGUCACUGGAAGAUUGCAUUCUGUUGAUCAAUUUUUAAAUAUCAAACUUAUAGAAGUCUGUGUAAGUGAUCCAGAAAAAUACCCAUACAUGAAUUAUAUAUCAGAAUCUUUCAUCAGAGGUUCAGUUGUUCGAUAUGUACAACUUCCAGUUAAUUCUGUUGAUUCACAAUUGUUACAAGAUGCUGCUCGGAAGGAAAUUACCAUUCGAUAACAUUUUUAAAAUUUAAUUUGUUAUCAGAAUUUUGCAUUCAUGAAGUUAAAAAUGAUUCAAUUUAUUUGUAUUUAACUUAAUUCUAUUAGAAACGCUUAAUUGAUUAAGAUUAACAGUUAAUAUCAAACAUUUGAAAUUUAUAUCCAUUUAAAAAUUUGGUGAUCAAAAAGUUAGAUUAAAAAUACAAUGGCGGUGUUAUUGAAACAAAUAAAUUAAAAAUACUUAUGUUAACAAAAGUAUUUUCUAUUUAAAUGUAUUUAGUUAUGGAGAUUUAAACCUUGAUGUGUUUUCCACCAAAUCCUAACCUUA